AUGCCGCUGGAGAAGGCCGCCAGCAACGGCGAGGCCGCGGCUGUGAUGAUGCAGAAGAAGAACAGGAUUCAGGUCUCCAACACCAAAAAGCCGCUCUUUUUCUACAUCAAUCUUGCCAAGAGAUACAUGCAACAGUAUAAUGAGGUUGAGCUUUCUGCUCUGGGGAUGGCAAUCACUACCGUGGUCACAAUCGCUGAGAUCCUGAAGAAAAACGGGCUAGCUACUGAAAAGAAGGUAUUGACAUCUACAAUAGCCAUGAAAGAUGAAACCAAGGGCCGACUUGUUCAAAAGGCAAGGAUUGAGAUUGUGCUGGCCAAAACCGAAAAAUUUGACUCUCUGAUAGAAGCUGGCAGUCCUGCGCCCCCCGAGGCCGAGGCUGAGGCUGCUGCUGACAAUGAGGAUGGAAACAAACAGUAG